GUGCGUUCAGUACUCGUAUGUAAGGUACCUAAGUACCUAAUAAGUCGUGCCAUGGGUGGGGUAAAAUUGGCAACCACCAUCACCACCACCACCAUCAUCCAUUGUCCCUCAACAAUCCCAAUCACGACACCUAUUCCACCGCAGCAUGGCGCAAUCAACCGCACAGCGCCGCCUCCUGCAGGAGUACCGCGCGCUCACAAACAACCCACCAGAAGGCAUCACCGCCGGCCCCGUCUCCGAGGACGACAUCCUUCACUGGGAAUGCCUUAUUCAGGGUCCCGAGGACACGCCCUUUGAGGGCGGUGUCUUCCCCGCCGAGCUCAAGUUCCCCAAGGACUAUCCGCUCGCGCCGCCUUCCAUGAAGUUCCUGGUGGACCUAUGGCAUCCGAAUGUGUACCCCAGUGGCCUCGUGUGCAUCUCCAUCCUCCACCCGCCCGGCGACGACCCGAAUCACUACGAGCUCGCCGCCGAGCGCUGGUCGCCUAUCCAGUCCGUCGAGAAGAUCCUCAUCAGCGUCAUGAGCAUGCUCGCCGAGCCCAACGACGAGAGCCCCGCCAACGUAGAGGCGGCCAAGAUGUGGCGCGACCACCGGGACGAGUACGAGCGGAAAGUGCGUGACAGCGUGCUCAAGAUGCUUGGGUUAUGAUACAGGCCGUGUACAAACAAGGUCAGGCGUUACGGAUUUACAUACAUGUGAGAAGCAAGCGUGAUUACAAAGUGGCCUUGGUUAUCUGGGUGUGCCAGCCCAAAAGUGGAAUUCUCCAUCGUGCUCUACGAAUCGCUCUAUGCCUGAGUAAAUGUCUU